AUUCCAAAAAUACAAUCACCGUGAAUCGCACGGUAGAUUACUAGUUAGGUUAAAAUUUUAAAUAGUGCGUUUAAAAGUUUCCUAUUUGUUGGACGAGUUUAAAAAGGAAUCGGAUUCUUGAGUUUAUUGAAAGUUUUUGACUCUAUAUAAGUAUAGGAGUCUAGACCUAAAAUCAAUAAUUAAAACGCCAAUAACAGCAUAAGGAGAGGAAAUCGCCACCGCCGCCGCCGGAAACCCACGCCGGAGAAAAUCGCCGGAAAGAAGAAAACCGAGACAAAUGGAUCUCCAGCGAUCCAUCCAGAACCAGAGCGACUUUUCACUGUCACUUGCGAAGCACGUGAUCGCCAUCCACGCCAAAGACAAAAACCUAGUCUUCUCUCCUCUGUCGAUCCACAUCGCUCUCAGUAUGGUUGCAGCCGGGUCGGACGGCCCGACCCGAGACGAGUUACUAGGGUUUCUCAAGUCCAAAUCCAUUGAAGACCUCAAUUUUCUCUCGUCGGAAAUUGUGACCGGGGUUUUCGCCAAAAGUAACGGAGGGCGCCGUAGGCCCCGUUUAUCGUUGGCUAACGGCGUUUGGGUUGAACAGAGUAACCGCUUGAAGCCCGCUUUUCGAGAAAUUAUGCAUAAUUCUUACAUGGCUGCUUCUAAUCACGUUGAUUUUGAGAAUAAGGCUGAAGAGGUGAGAGAAGAAGUGAAUGCAUGGGCCGAAAAGGAAACGAAUGGCCUCAUCAAAGAUUUACUCCAACCCGGUUCGAUUACUCCCGGUACUAUGCUUAUAUUAGCGAACGCGGUGUAUUUUAAAGGAACUUGGGAAGAAGAAUUCGACGAAUCGAUUACUAGAGACUUGGAGUUUUUCCUCCAAAGUGGAAGCUCAAUAAAAGCACCCUUCAUGUGCGCCGGCGGUAGCUACCAAUUCAUUCGCGCUUUUGAUGGAUUUAAGGUUUUGAGAUUAUCGUACGUAAAAGCUAAAGACAACCGUAAAUUCUCAAUGUAUUUCUUCCUCCCCGAUGCCAAAGACGGACUGCCCGAUUUGGUCGAAAAAAUUGGCUCCGAAUCAAGAUUCAUCGAAAACCACAUCCCACAUAAUGCAGUCAAAGCCGGCAAAUUUAGAAUCCCGAAAUUCAAAAUAGGUUUCGGUUUUGAGGCCUCGGGACUUGUUAACGGACUUGGAGUGGUGCAUCCUUUUUUGGGGGGCGAUGGUGUGUCGGAGAUGGUGGAGGAGGUACUUUAUGUUUCGAGAAUCUUCCACAAGUCGUUCAUCGAAGUGAACGAGCAAGGCACGGAAGCUGCAGCGGUUACCGAAGUUGAAAUGGACAUGGGUUGUUGUAUGGGGGAAGAAGAGGAGACGGUUGAUUUUGUGGCCGAUCAUCCUUUCGUAUUUGUUGUGAGAGAAGAUGUGAGCGGCGUGGUUCUCUUCGUCGGACAAUUACUUAAUCCCUCUCUUGAUGAGUAAUUUGCAUCAAUAGUAUUAUACAUGUCAAUUUUUAUGCUCAAAAUUUGAUAGUAUUUUCUUAAAUAGAAUUUUGAUACACGUUUAUGCUCAAAUUUCCGAACCUUAAUUACUAAACAUUUACUAUAUUAUGUUUCCUACUUUUCAAGUU